AGAGCAUCCGUAAAUGGUACAUAUACACACUGCAUUUAAGCAUGAUUGUCACUAUUUUUUGCCUACUGAUUUGUCUGUUUGUUUUGAUGAAGAUAAGAGACGCACGACUCAAACAUACCGGUGUAACGAAACGGAGGGUCCCUGUAACAGAAAGUUCGCCCUCCAUUUAGUUAUAAUGGUUAGGGUUAGCCUGACCUACUGUAAGUGGGUCAAAAUUUAGGUCGAGACUUACCUGCACAAAUGAAUGGGAAGCGGACUUUCUGUCAUGGGGACUCUGUCACGUUACACCGGUAUAUACUGGAAUAAUAAUUAAGUCACUUGUGAAGUUGUGACAUAGAAUCUACCGGUAUAUGUAUAGGCAAACGUGAAGUCUAGACUGGAUAUGCAACAUUUUCAUUCUGAAGUCUAAUAAUAGAAAAUGCCCUAGGUAAUAUUGGAUUCAACAGAGAGCAAUACUUGGGAUGGAUGCCACUGGUGGUGUGAACGAUUACAUAGCAGGAUGUUUAGGCGGAAUAGCAGGGCUUGUUGUAGGGCAUCCCUUUGACACAACUAAGGUUCAGAUGCAAACCCAGCUGGCAGGCCAUCAUUACAAAGGUACAUGGGAUGCAAUCAAGAACAUCUAUCAUCAUGGUCUGGGAAGGGGCUUCUUCCGUGGGCUUUCAUUUCCACUGGUUUCAUAUGGGGCUAUUAAUUCAGUCUUCUUCGGUGUGUAUGGAAACAGUCUCCGUUGGUUGCAUCCAGACACCACAACUCAGCCUUCCUAUAGAGACAUUUAUAUAGCUGGAUGCAUUGGGGGUACUGCCCAGUUGGCUAUUGCUUGUCCCGUAGAUGUAGUAAAAGUGGUGCUGCAGUCUCAGAUACCACACGGUAACGAGAAGACUCGUUCUGGGUACUUCAAGGGACCUUUGGAAUGCAUGAGCAGCAUAUACAGACAGUGUGGCAUAAAGGGCAUGUAUCGUGGUAUGUACAGCAUGGCAUGGAGAGACAUUCCAGCUUAUGGGCUUUAUCUUCUUGUCUAUGAGGCAAUGUACGAUGGUAUGCAAAGAACACAGUUGUUUGACAAGCAUGGAAUUUUUGCUAGUCUUUUUGCUGGUGGAUGGGCAGGGGUCAUAUCAUGGUCAGUCAUCAUCCCUUUUGAUGUGAUAAAAAGUCGCAUCCAGGCAGACAUGCAUGGCCUGGUUUAUAAAAGCACCACUGAUUGUAUACGGAAGACAUACCAAGAAGGAGGGUAUAGAAUUUUUUUCACGGGGCUAGUUGUAACUGCCAUUAGAGGGUUUCCUACUUGUGCUGUUACAUUCCUAGGGUAUUCACAAGCUUUAAGGUACCUAAACCAAAUUCACGCAGAACCAGAAACCAUUUGUCAUCAGCCAGAGAUUGUUAGUGCUGAGGUUGUCAAGUAAAAAAUUGCCAGCUUAAGGAAAACAUUACUAUGUCGUUUUUUGAUAGCUAUAAAAUACCUGAUUCAUUGUUCAGCAGAUUAUUUUUGGUGUUUAAAAAAAAAGAAAAAAAAAAGAGCUAAUCCCAUGCACAUUGAUUGAUUCCAUUGAUAUAGGUGUUAUGGCAGCCUUUAAAUUACAAACUCAGGAAAUUUUAAUGUUAUAUAUAAACAGCAGCACAUAGUAAAUUUUUUCUUCUUCCUAAAUGAUUAAGAUUACUUGGAGGUAAAUAAAUUAGUUUAUAUAUGUUGAAUAAGUGUUUCAAUCAACUUUUGUUUACAUGCAAGAAGUAAGUUAUUUAGUUAUAGAAUUAUUUUAUGAACAAUUCAUGAGAUUAACUUCUUCAUGACAUGUACAAUCAUUAGAAUAAUAGUAUGUUUAAUUUAUAAAUAUUUUAUCAUCAUUAUGGCAAUUUUUUAAGGAGGAAUAUGAUAUUUGUUCUGCUAAAAUGACAGUAGAUUGGAAGUAUGUUUUGUAGUUUGUAUUUUUUAAGCCCAUUAGUAUUGUAGUUUCUAUGUUUAUUGGUCAAUAAAAUGCCAUUUUUAUUGCACUUUUAUGUAUUGCAUUGCCAUAAUAUAUGUAUUUCAUGUUACAUUUUUACAAAAGGAAAUGCAUAUGUUUACAUGCAUUUAAAAUGUAGUUUUCAAGAAUUCUUUAUAAUCCAGUGUAAAUGUGGGUUUCACAAAGCAAACACACCAAAAUAUGUGAGUACUAGUCAUCUCACUCCAUUCUGUGGUAUACAUUAGUAAGUGGGUGAAAUAUUGACAACAGCAGACUAACAUAUCCGGGGAUCAAAUGUGGCUGACCCACUU